AUGAUGAAUGCCAUCGCAGGGCUGGGCACUCAGGUCAUCAUGGGCAGCGGCACCAACCUGCACACGUCAGGGCACGCCUACAGAGAUGAGCUGGAGGAGGUGUUGCGACUGAUCAAGCCUCAGCACUUUUUGCCCGUCCACGGCGAGUACGCCUUCCUCUGCGCCCACGCUCAGCUGGCGCGGGACAACGGCAUCCAGCACACUCUGGUGGUCAGAAAUGGGCAGAUGGUGGGCGUGGGGGACCGGCGCAACCGCGCCGAGUACGGUACGCCCACCAGCCUCUCCGUCGUGGGUCAGGCCGCGCUGACGACCUUUUACAACGAUGGCGACAAGGGCACGGGCAGCGCCGAGGAGAUGGGGCUGGCCAUGCGCCAGCAGCUGGCCAACGACGGCAUCAUCAUCGCGGCGGUGGACGUGCAGCGGCCCGCGCAGCGCGAGCCGCGUGAUUUGACCCAGGAUCAGGAGGCGCCGCGGCUGAGGGGCCGCGUGCGCCUCACCACCCGGGCCAUGUGGCAGGCGAGCGAGGCGGAGUUUGGAGGGAGGGGCUGUGACGGCAAGCGGCUGCUGCGGGUGCUGCACGCCGCUGCGGAGCGCGCGGUGUGCGCCCUGCCGGCCCAUGCCCCGCUGGGCGACGUGGAGCGCGCGGCGCGCGGCGCACUGGCGGUGGCGGCCCGCAACUUCAACAACCGCUGCCCGGAGGUGGUGGUCAUCGCGCACGAGGGCCUGAAGGCUGCGGCUGCCACGGCCCCGGUGAAGCAGGCGCCGCCCUUGGCAGAUGCCAAGGCGGGAGCCGCCAAGCCCGCGCAGCAGCGGAGGAGGGGCAGGCCCAAGUCGCAGGCUGCCAAGGGGCCCAAGGAGGAGAAGGAUGGGCGAGCGAGGCCGUGA